AUGGACUUUGUUGUCCACCAGAGACAGUUGAGAGAAGAACGUCACCUCUACUGUGUCAGAAGCAUCCGCCUCUACAGUGAAUUGCAGGCAUGGCAGGACCUGGACAGCGACAGUAAAAGUCCUACAAAAGCCAGACCAACUGUGUUCGGAUGGUCUGGAGUCACCAAAGAAGUCUUUGUAUCUGGCUCCUUUAACAACUGGGUCACCAUCAACAAAAGUCAGAAGAACUUUGUGGCUAUUGUGGACCUACCAGAGGGAGAGCACCAGUCCAAGUUCUGUGUGGAUGGUCAGUGGAUCCUGGAUCCAACAGGGGACGGGGUGAUGGUUCUCAGUGCAACACACCGAUACAAAAAGAAGUAUGUGACCACUCUUCUCUACAAGCCAAUAUAAUCCACAGAGGUGGGAUCCAGCCUCUUAUUUUCUAACAUUUUAUUGUUGUACACAGCUGCUAUUUGGAUUGUCUUGCUGAAACUGGACCUAAAUGUCUUUUUAAUAUCAGU